GAGGCACAUUGAAAGCUUGCGACAUGUCGCUCGGCCACUCAGUCGCGCGCCAACUCUCGCUCGCUCGUGUUUCGAGUUACGAGUUUAAGUCCAUCGGGUAGGCCCGAGGGAGGCAGAGGAGGAGUCGAGUCGACACGAGUCAAGAAUCCAAAUAAAAAAUAACGAUAAAUAAGCGUUAGUCAAACGCGCGGGUUUGUUUGGCCGGAGAGUAUCGCUAUUUUCGUGUUGUUAUCGCGAAGAGUCGCUGGCGCGGCGAUCGGUGAUAGUAGUUGACGUCACGAGUGUCCACAUGUUUGAAUUUCCAACCGGUUCGGUGUAAAUCGUGGGAGGUAGAAUAAUCUCGGGUCGGCGAAAGGCGAGGGAGCGAAGCGACGAAUUUGUUCCCCGCCGAGGAUUUGCUUCGAGUACAAAACGCUUGGGGAUAAUGCCUCCGAACGCAUUAAUUUGAAUGUCGUACAUGACGAGUGGUGGUAUCUAUCCGUGAAUGAAAACAUUCCUGGAAGUUGUUGUUUACCGAGUACACCUCGCGGCCCGGUGAAGUGUCUAAGGCCGAACGCGGAGGAGAGUGGCCCGUUUACCGGAGGCCUUUGGAACGGUAAGGAGCUCGUGAUCGCGAGAGUAGCUCCGAAGAUCAACGGUACUUGUGAGAUGCGCGAGUGAGUGGGUACGAUGGAAUCACCAGUAAUGUACGAGUCAGCCUCCCAUCAGGCCCAGGCCCAGGUGGCCGCGGAUCACAAAAAGUCCUCGAUAACGUUAGCGAACAACAACAACAACAAUAACACCGCGAACGCAAACAACAACAACAACAAUUCGGCGCUCCAAGUGAACCACAACCAGCAGACGAGUAGCACGGGGGUGAGCAAAGUGUCGGCGAGCAAGGCGAGUCUCCACCAGCAGUACGCGGAGCAUUGCGCAGCCGCUGGGGAGCUGACGGACCUCAACACCCCGGAGAUAUCGUUGGACCUUCAGCACCUCAUCGACGAUUCGCACUUCAACGAUGGCCUGCUCGACAUGCUCGGGGGCGGAAACGGGCCGAUCAAACACCCCAGGACGAGCGGCUACCCGAGGACGACCCUCGCCUACAUGCCCCAACCGGUGCACAGCGGGGCGAGUUACCACCAAGGAAGCAACAGCUGCAGCGACAGCAACAGCUCGAGCUCCGAGUCACCGAGCAUCAAAGAGGAGCCUUUGGACCCUGCGGACUAUCGGCGCCAUUGCCCCCAGUAUCCACCCGGUGGUUACAGCCCGGCGAACGGCGGCCCCUUCGCGAACGGCGGGCCAACCUUCACGACGUUAACGGCCUCGAACCUCCCCGGUGGACAUCCCGUCAUCCACCACCAGCAACACCCCCAGCAGCAGCAGCAGCAGCAGCAGCAGCAGCAGCAGCAACAGCAACAGCAUCAACAACAAGCUGGCAGGGGCGGCCCGAUGAAGCCCGUGAUGGCUCAUCAACAGCAUCAAGCGGCAGCGGCAGCGGCUGCCGCGGCCGCGGCAGCCGUUGCCAGAAAACAGUCCAAGGCCGUGGACAAAGCCAGCGACGAGUACAGAAGGAGGCGCGAGCGGAACAACAUCGCGGUUAGAAAAAGCCGGGAAAAGGCGAAAGUCCGAUCCCGGGAGACCGAGGAAAAAGUAAAGCUGCUGGUGAAAGACAACGAUCUUCUGAAAAAGAGGAUCGAGCUGCUGACCGAAGAGCUCAGCGUCCUCAGGUCCUUGUUCAGCAGCGUCGGCGUCGUACCCGAGCAGCUUCACCGCGAGAUAUCGAGGCAUCUCGACCAGUUUCAGCAGCACGCGGUCGGGCCCAUGUAGCAUCGAACGAGCGGCAGAUCUCGCCGCAGCUAAAGCUGCGCGGGGACGAAGGAGAAGAGGAAGAUGCGGAUUGAGUCACGUGUGGCUGAGCAUCGACGCCGUUCUCGGGACACCGAUCUCUCGAGGCAGGCGCUUCGACCACCCCGGGCUUCGACUCUCGUCAGUGCCCGGGGGUCGGUCCGGCUGUGAGCGGGGGCGCUCUUCUUCCCGAAGGAACCGUCGUCGACGCUACCGGUUCCUUCGCUCGAGAACACCCGGAGUGCGCGUUCGCUGAAUUUUCAUGUAGAUUACGAGAGGCGCGUCGAAAACCGAUCGACAGUGACGUUUCCGGUGGUCCCCCCUCCCCGAGACCGCGACUCCAGCACUCACCUCAUCGUUGUUAUGAUCCAACGAUGACACAACUGCAAAUAGGAAAAUGUGUGCGUGGGUUACGAGGAUAACUGAUUUUUCAAGAGAAUCGUUGAACGCGGGAGCGCACCACUUUUUAUACAACGUUUAGACAAUCUCUUUAAGCGACCUCGGGUCUCUUUUUCUAUCUCAAUAACGGAACACAUAUCACGCAUUUACCGUGUGCCUUAUCGACAGUGGUGACACUAUCGCGCUUGUGCGCCUCCACGAUCGCCCUGAUAAAAUAGCCGGUAAAUGCUAAAUGGCGAAUAAUCGGUAACCGAGGAUCGCUCUCGCCCGAAAUAAGCCUCGAAUCUCCGCGCCCGGAUUCCCAAUCGCCGGUGCAACGGGCCACAGGAUUUAUUUUUUUACCAAAUUGGAUUGAAAAAGCGAAGGAAUCGUGCGAUGAGAGUAGAUCGGAGGACCGGAGUGCCUUAAUUUUCGUACAGAAAGAUUCGAGGAUUUUGUCACUACCGCGAGCUUUUUUAUUCCACUGCGUAUACGAAACCCCCCCUCCCAUAAAAGAGCAUCUUCCGGUACAACCAACCGAAUAAGUCACCGCCAGUUUUCUGAUCUCCUCCCUGACACAACACUCGCCGGAGCCUUUCUCGCUCUCUCUUUCUCACUCCCUCUCUUUCCCUCUUUUCUGAGCGAGUGAGAGAGCCCAUGACGAAAAGUAAACGAAAUGUACACUGCCGCGAUUCGUGUUCGCCGCCGGUGUUCCAAUUUACUUUUUUUUCGUCGACAUUAACUUUCUCUUCCACUUCUCUUCGACGGGCGUGCGCGAAAAACCUUAGAAUUCUUAUUCCGAUCUGUACCGAGAGAUAAUACAAAUUAUAAAAAUAUAACGAACUAAAGAUAUAACAAAAACGCGCACACAUACGCGAAGACUGGAUAAUAAAUAAACUCGAUUUUUCGAUGCAGCCAAUAGCAGACGGCGAAACUUGUUUACGAAAAAUAAAAAAGAAUAAAAUGAAAAACAAUAUUCACCACAAAUCAUCGAUUAAGUCAACAAAGAUCCAUACAAAUAUAGGCGUGAUAAUGGAACAGGAAGAGUCGAAUAAAAGGUAAACCGAUGCAUGAGAAAGAAGCACAAGGAAGUUCGCACCGUCUGGUGACGACGAUUGUAUACUUCUUCUUCUUUUUUUUUUUUUUCCUUCUUCCUUUUUUUUCUCUUUCUCUUUUUGUUUGAAUGGCGUUGUGAUUAGAUACGGUUUAUAAUUCGUAUGUGUAUAUAUAUAUAGAGAGACAUAUAUGUAUACACACAUAUAAUGCGUAUGUAUAUGUUGACGAUAAUUUAAUUAAGUAGCGUGUAGUAUCGCUCUUGUACCUAAGUACCUCGUGGCAUAUCGAGAUACCGUAAUUACGCUGCCCCCCUCCCGCCCCGCCCGAUGCCCGCAUUAUCGAUGACAUCGACGACUCUUCGAGUGACCGUACAAAGAAACAUCUCGAACUUCCGUAAAGCGAUGACAAUAAUGAAACCCUUUUUAUAUUAGGAAAAACAAAAAAACGAAAGAAAAGAAGAAAAAAAAAUGUUUUAUAUUUUUAUCGAAGCACUGAAUUAUUCGAGUUUACGAACGAUCAAUGCCUACGACGUAACGAAUGUUUUCAUUUUCGAAAAAUGGGAAAACGAGAUUUCGAUAUAAGAGUGAAAAAUAACACAAAAGAGAGCAGCUCGAUUCUUCAUCCUCUGAAUCAAGUUUUCCUGCCCCCCCCCCGCCGCCCCCCGCCGCGCAGUUGAAAUAAAUAAAUAUUGCGAAACAACAUCUACAACAAAUAACACUAAGAGUGUUCACGAACUUGUAUUAUAAUUAUUUUUAAGCUUAAUAUAAGGGAUGAAAAUUUUUUGAAAAAAUUGUGUAAUUAAGAGUUAAUAUAUAUUUAUAGAAAUAUAAAUAUUUAGAUAUUUAGAGAUAUUUUGUUUAGUAAUUGCGUGCGUGAGGCAAACGUGACACGUAGAGAAUAAAGAAUGUGAGGUUUAAUUAGUACGAGUUUGAAUGGAAAAUAGUAGCAUUGUUUGUCAACGAGAUUUCAUUUUGUUUCUUUCAUUUUUUUUUGUUCGUUCGUUCAUUCGUUCGUUCGUUUUUUUUUUUCAUAAAUAAUGUAGAGCGAAUCCGAGUGAUUGAAUGAUCGUAAUUAACACAAUGUAUGAAUAUUCUAUUGGAACGAAAAAAAACUAGGUGGAAAAGCGUUUUUUUGUUAUAUCGAUGAAAUUCAUGCUACAAAGUGCAAUUCGAAGAAACAAAUCGACUUUGACUCGACACUUGAAAACACUUUUUAAUGUUUAAAUUCAAAAAACUGAAGCGGGCUUCAUUGUUCAUUCGUACAAAUGUUCGUUGUUUUACGCGGGCGAUUGCAAUCUUAUUAAUUUGUUUAUAAUACUUAUAUAAAUAUAUAUAUAUUAAUAUAUUGAUAUAUAUUGUUUAGGACUGUGUGGGCGCGUGCUGAAAAAAAACGGCUCGAGGAUGCGUGGGCGAAAAUAAAUCGAUUUUCAAUAUAUUUCAUUUUGUUAAUUCUCUUCCAACACUAGAUACGAACUCAUUUUAUCAAUCGACGAUAAUUCAAGCCCUCGAAUCAACGGGAAAGAGAAUCAAUAAAAGAAUGUAAAUCACUCGAGUACUCUUGGUUUUUACAUUUGGUUUUUAUUCGAUUGUUUUCCCCUUUAUUUUGCACAUUUUCACUCUCUCGAAAUGUAGAAAUACAAAUUACGAGUAAACUAAUUAGUUCGUUGUCAAUGAAACCUUUUUUUAUGAAUUUUGCUAUGUCGAUUAUUUAGGAAGGCUCGUUAAAAUGCCCCAUGCAUCCUUAAGGAUUGAAAAAAAACAUUUGUAAGCCUCGAUCCUGAGUGAAUGGAUUUUCGUCUGUAUUCGUACCUGCCUGUGUGAGAGUGUGCGAACGCCUGCGUACGCAACAAAAAGGGAUCGCACGCGGACGCAUGAAUCGAUUGGGAGUGCGAAAAAUUCGAGAUUACCUGUCACGGUUGUCUUCUUGUCUAAUGCACAAAAUAUAUUUUGAUAUAAAAUAUAAA